AUGUUCCCAAAUUCAUCCAACUUGGGUCAUCCUCAGUUCCUUCAAAAACAACAACAGAGGGAUUUCUUCAAUAAGUUUUCUCUAAAUAUACCACCUCCUGUUCUUACUCACCAGCAGAUUGCUGAUACUCAGUUUAAUUUUCAGAAUGCAGUUCUUUCCAGGACUCUCUUGAUUCGGAACGUUGCAAGUAUUCCAGCUGUUCCACCACAACCAAUGACUUACGGAAAUGGCAGUCCAGUAUAUAUGUCUAAUACCCUCAGGUCAUUCCGAGGAAGAAAGAGACUAAGUGAACAAAGUGUUCCAAAUGAUGCCAAACGGCAACGGUUUCAUUCACAUCGUUCUGAAACAACUGUAGUUAACCCAGCAGUGCCUUUACUAGAAGAACAUAGAUGCUCCUUCCCAGGAUCAGUUGAAUCUCUACUGUUCUAUGCACAUUACAUACCAGAUUCAACUGGAUGUGUUCCUCCAUUGCAAGAUACUUUGUUUCCAGACCGUGUAGAAAACAGGCUCCCGUUGGCUGAAGACAAGUUAAGUCAGCAGAUUUUGGAGUUGUUUCAAGCAUGUCAGCAACAGACCUGUGAUUUGAGCAGGAAAGAGCUCUGCAGAACAGAACUCCAGAGAGAAAUUCAGCAAAUUUUUCCACAGAGUAGACUGUUUUUGGUUGGGUCCUCACUGAAUGGGUUUGGCACUCGUAGCAGCGAUGGUGACUUGUGCCUAGUGGUUAAAGAAGAACCAGUAAAUCAGAAGACUGAAGCAAGGGAAAUACUCAGCUUAGUCCAAAAACUCUUCAGUACUAAACUUUCAAGCUACAUUGAACGACCUCAGCUGAUUCGAGCAAAAGUGCCAAUAGUGAAGUUCAGGGAUAAAGUCAGCUGUGUGGAGUUUGACUUGAAUGUAAACAAUGUUGUAGGAAUAAGAAAUACAUUCCUUCUGAGAACCUAUGCAUACCUUGAGAAUCGAGUUCGUCCAUUAGUACUUGUUGUUAAGAAGUGGGCAAGUUUUCAUGACAUAAAUGAUGCCAGUCGUGGCACUUUAAGCAGCUAUAGUCUUGUGUUGAUGGUUUUGCACUAUUUACAGACCCUACCUGAACCCAUCCUUCCAUCCCUCCAAAAAAUUUACCCAGAAUCUUUUGAUCCUACUAUGCAGUUGCAUCUUGUUCAUCAAACUCCAUGUACCAUUCCUGCAUACCUCUCAAAAAACGGAUCAAGCCUUGGAGAUUUGCUAAUAGGCUUCUUCAAAUAUUAUGCCACAGAAUUUGAUUGGAGCCGUCAAAUGAUUUCAGUUCGUGAGGCCAAAGCUAUUCCAAGACCUGAUGGUACUGAAUGGAGAAACAAGUUUAUUUGUGUAGAAGAGCCCUUUGACAGGACAAACACUGCCAGAGCUGUACAUGAAAACCAGAAGUUUGCUAUGAUCAAAGGUGAAUUUCAGAAGGCUUGGCAGGUAUUACAAGACAAGAAAGACCUGAACUGUGUAUUACCUUUAAGAACAACCACACGGAAAAGAUAA